CAAUGGUUAAAGAGGAGCAGGAAGAACCAGAACCUCCAAUGGUUAAAGAGGAGCAGGAAGAACCACAACCUCCAAUGGUUAAAGAGGAGCAGGAGGAACCACAACCUCCAAUGGUUAAAGAGGAGCAGCGGGAACUCUGCAUUAGUCAGGAUGAGGAGCAGCUUGAUAUGAAGCAGGAGACUGAUACCAUGAUGGAGAUUCCUACUCAUAAAGAAAAUCAGAAAAGUGAAGCAGAUCUAAAUGAUCAACAGAUCUUUAAUGUAACUGAUUGUCAGGAUGACGAAGGAAACAAACACGUAGAAUCAUUAUUGACUACAAAUGGAGAGACACACUCAAAGAACGGACAACAGAGGAAGAGAAGAGACAGACGAAUUGAACACAAUGCGUCUGAUGAAAGGCCUUAUGUUUGUGAAGAAUGUGACAGAUCUUUUCAUUGCUUGUCUCAAUUCAGAAAUCACAAGAGAACUCACACAGGAGAGAAGGAUUUUACUUGUAAAGAAUGUGAUAAAAGUUAUACUUGUAAAUCUAUUCUCAAAAGGCACAUGAGAAUUCACACAGGAGAGAGGCCUUUUUCUUGUAAAGAAUGUGAAAAAAGUUUUAUUAGUAAAUCUAGUCUCAAAAUACACAUGGGAAUUCACUCAGGAGAGAAGCCUUUUUCUUGUAAAGAAUGUAAUAAAAGUUUUACUAAUAAACCUAAUCUUAAAAUGCACAUGAGAAUUCACACAGGAGAGAAGCCUUUUUCUUGUAAAGAAUGUGAUAAAAGUUUUAGACAUGGAUCUCAUUUCAAAACACACAUGAGAAAUCACACAGGAGAGAAGCCUUUUAUGUGUAAAGAAUGUGAUGCACGUUUUGAUUUUGUAUCUGGUCUGGAAAGACACAGGAGAAAGCACACAGGAGAAAAGCCGUUUUCAUGUAAAGAUUGUAAAAAAAGUUUUAAACGUAAAUAUAGUCUCAAAGCACAUAUGAGAAUUCAUACAGGGGAGAGGCCUUUUUUGUGUAAAGAAUGUAAUUCAAGUUUUACUUUUGAAUAUGGCUUUAAAAUGCACAUGAGAACUCACAGAGGAGAAAGGCCUUAUUCUUGUAAAGAAUGUGAUAAAAGCUAUGUUCAAAUGUCUGUUCUCAAAGCACACAUGAUGACUCACACAGGAGAAAGGCCUUAUUCUUGUAAAGAAUGUGAUAAAAGCUAUAUUCAAAUGUCUGCUCUCAAAGCACACAUGAGAAUUCACACAGGAGAAAGGCCUUAUUUUUGUAAAGAAUGUGAUAAAAGUUUUAGACAUGCAUGUCAUUUCAGAACACACAUGAGAACUCACACAGGAGAGAAGCCUUUCUUGUGUAAAGAAUGUGAUAAAAGCUAUAUUCAAAUGUCUGAUCUCAAAGUACACAUGAGAUCUCACACAGGAGAAAGGCCUUAUUCUUGUAAAGAAUGUGAUAAAAGUUUUAGACAGAGUUCUCAUUUCAGAACACACAUGAGAACUCACACGGGAGAGAAGCCUUUUUUGUGUAAAGAAUGUGAUAGAAGUUUUAGAUCUGGAUAUGGUCUCAAAAGACACAUGAGAAUUCAUGCAGGAGAGGAGUCCUUUUCAUGUUAAAUAAGUGACAGGUUUUAGUGAUGUAUCUUUUUUCAAACCAGAUGUGAGAACUUGUACAGGAGGAUAACUUUUCUCUAGACAAAUAUUGUAAUUCUGAAUUAGGUUAAAAAAAAGUGCAACUUAAAUAAAAAAAAUUUGCUGAGGACUCAUGAGGAAAGGAUAGUAAAGCUUUUAAUAGGAAAGAUGAAAUACUUUAAUGAAAUAUUUUUCUUCUCAAUUUUAAAGAAAGGCUGCAAUUUUACACUAAAAUUGCAGCUGUCCGCUGGUUUUUGAUCUUUUUAACAUUUUUUGUAGCAUUUUUCUCUCGAUGGAGAACAUAUAUAAAAUAAUUUGAGAUUAAAACUGUGUUUGUGAGUAAAUAUUGAUUCAAAUUGUGAUGGAUCAGGAGCAAUUGCAUACCUGAAUAAUUGUGACGCAACAACUGCCAUGGGGCAAGGUCUCCCAUCUCCACUCCCAUUCUGAAGCACAUACUUGCAGACGAAUAGAUCCAUUGAUAAGUGCUGUCAUGCGAUUAUUUUUUGUGCUUAAUUGAUCAUGGCCUUUAAUUAAUCUAUAUUAAUCGCUCAUAUUUUUAACCUUAUAUUGCUGUAAAAAGUGUUAUCUUUAGGUAUUUUCUUUUAAGUUUGUGACAUUGUGGUGCUGAAAUUUAUCAGAAUACAACCAAAAAAUCUGUUUAAAAAAACAUAAAAAAAAUUCUUCAGGUCCAAAGUGCUGUAAUUUACCACAUCAAAAAAACAGUAACACUUCUGAGCAAUCCAAAAAAUAUUGACAGUGAAUUUCUUAAUAUCUUAAAACAUCUAAAUAAAACAUAGUAAGCUGUGUAGGGCUAUAAAGUCAUUUUUAUUCCAUUCUGUCUGUAGCUAAAAGAAACUUGUAACCAUUUCUAAUUAUAUUUUAAUUCCAAGCAUAAUUGUUGUCAAAGACUUUCAGAAUGAGCGGUCAUUGUUUAACUAGUGCGCCAUGCAGGCUUAUGUUAUAUAACUGUUUAGGAUAUUUACUGUAAUCUAAUCUGUGUAAUGUAUUUGAAGAUGAAUCUGUUGCAUGUUCAGGCCUAUGUAAUGUAAUCAAUACAGAUGUAUUUUCUCUUUUUUUCUUUCUGGAAAUAAUAUUCCAAAUGUUUUGUGAGCACCUUUAUUAAAGGGAUUCUGACAAGUCAA